UACUUAGUCUUUAGAGGUCACAUAAAUCUUAUUCUAGCCUCCUUUAACAAUGCGUGUAGGAGCCUAUCAAAGACCACUAAGAGCAAUAAACUAUCAGCAAGCAGCAUAAUGCUGGUGAAUAAGGAGGUUAAGCAAAAGCAUCUCGUACUGCAUUGGUAUAUAGAAAGUGUUGGUUUCCUUCUCUGUCCAUAAAACUGAGGAAUAAUGAAGCUGAAUGGUCUCUAACUCUAACCUUGGCGAUAAGUGGAAGUCUUCAUUUGCAAGAUCUCCCCUCCAUAUAUCCUUCUUUCAUGGCUUUGGAGAAGAGGUCAACAGGGCUCGGCAAGUCAUGCGUUCUCAUUAUAGUGGUGGCCGGUGUGGAGAGAUUUGCAUACAAGGGAGUGGCUUCCAACUUGGUGACUUAUCUUAUUGAUGUGGUGAAUAUGAGCACAUCCUCUGCUGCGAAAAGUAUUAGUACUUGGGUUGGACUCACCUCAAUGCUUCCCCUCGUAAGUGCAAUCCUUGCCGAUUCUUACUGGGAUCGAUGCUCGACCAUCAUGGUAUCUUCCUUUCUCUAUGUCAUGGGCUUGGUAGGAUUGACCUUAUGGGCAUUACUAUGUGCAUGGAUGCCAACCUCAUCCUUGUUUAUUCCGCUCUACUUGAUUUCAAUAGGACAAGGUGGAUACAACCCAUCAUUGCAAGCUUUUGGAGCAGAUCAGCUGGAGAUCGACGACGAUUUGCCUCGCAGCAAAGAGGAAGACAAAACAAACAAGAAGAGUCUGUUCUUCCAAUGGUGGUACUUUGGCAUAUGCAGUGGAAGCCUCCUGGGAAAUUCUAUCAUGUCUUACAUUCAAGACACACUUGGUUGGGUUUUGGGGUUCGCCAUCCCCACUGGUGCCAUGGCAAUGUCAGUGGCAUGCUUCUUAUGCGGCGCUCGUUUUUAUGUUCACAAGCAACGUGAAGAGAGCAUUGUUCAAUCUCUGAAGGCUGCUGCGAAAAAUAUUAGGAACCAGAAACUCCACUUACCACCAAGAGAAGAUGAUGUUGCAGAACUUGAGUUACAAGAGCAACCCCUCAAAGAUGACUUCAAUUGUUCAAGAUCUUUGGAAACAAACUUUGCCACUGUGGAUGAACCUCCUUCUGUCACUCAAACAAUUUUGAGGCUUCUGCCCAUUUGGACAAUGCUCCUCAUGUUUGCAGUCAUCUUCCAACAGCCAGCAACUUUCUUUACAAAACAAGGCAUGGUGAUGAAGCACAACAUUGGAAAAUUUGUGAUCCCUCCAGCAAUGCUUCAAAGUUCCAUCACUAUCUCAAUAAUACUGCUAAUGCCUCUCUAUGAUAAGCUCAUAAUCCCCUUCCUGCGUAUAUUCACUCGUGAUGAGAAGGGGAUUACCGUGCUUCAAAGGAUUGGGAUCGGCAUGUGCUUUUCGAUCGUCGGCAUGGUUGUGGCAGCGCUUGUCGAAUCCAAGAGGCUGAAGAUUAUUAUAAAGGAAGGAUCAGUUGAAUCACAAGCACCAAACACACAACUGAGCAUUUUUUGGUUGCUACCUCAAUACAUUCUCCUGGGAAUCUCUGAUGUUUUCACAGUUGUGGGAAUGCAAGAGUUCUUUUACACGCAAGUACCUGCCGCUAUGAGAACUAUUGGCAUAGCACUUUACCUCAGUGUUUUUGGUGUGGGCAGCUUUCUUGGGGCUCUGUUGAUCUCAGUUGUGGAGCUGACAACCAGUGCAAAAGGGAAAAACCAUGGCUGGUUCUCUGAUGAUGCAAGGGAAUCUCGACUCGACAACUAUUAUUGGUCUCUGGCUCUGCUAAGCUCCAUUAGCUUUCUUAUUUUUGUAAACUUAUGUAGAUAUUACAAUGAUGCUUCUGCCAAAUGAUCAAGUAUUCCCCUUCCUUAACCUGAAGUGUUGAACAAAUUUGUACAGACCAGCGAAUGUAGAUACCGCAGGGUUCUAAUGCUUAUGCAAGAUGUUUCACAACUUAUUAUCGUUCCCUGAGUUGGCGUUGAACAAAUUUGUAGAGUUAGCUGAAACAGU